CACAAUUGCAGCGAGGGACAAUCCGGUAAAUCGUCAAAGAUGGCUCCUACAAUCGUAAAGAAGCACCGCAAGGCCUUCGUGCGCCACCAGAGCGACCGCUUCAAAUGCGUGCCCGCGAGCUGGAGGAAGCCCAAGGGUAUCGACAACCGGGUGCGCCGGCGCUUCAAGGGCCAGGCCGCGAUGCCCAAGAUCGGAUACGGAUCGAACAAGAAGACCAGGCACAUGGCGCCCAGCGGGCUCAAGGCCUUCCUCGUGCACAACCAGAAGGAGGUCGAGCUGCUCAUGAUGCACUCCAAGACCUUCGCUGCUGAGAUCUCCCACAGCGUUUCUGCCAGGAAGAGGAUAGAAAUCGUUAACAAGGCACGAUCUUUGGGUGUCAAGGUCACCAAUGCCAACGCCAGGGUCAAGACCGAGUCAUAGACUACUUGUUUAUAGUUUUCUUUAAUGACGAAGUUUGGUAGCGGGGCAUAUUCCCAGUCAAUAGCGGCAUACAUAGGGGAACGGGGAAAAACAUAUUGGGCAAUUCAUGAAGCUCAAGAUAACGGAUGGCGUCCUGGGAAACACUAGGCAUAGCCGGUUUAUGAUAUUGGUACAAGACAAUGCGCCAUUUGUCUCAUUCGAGAUCAAUCUAUUUCUGAUUUGGUCUGUGAGUGAGACUUUCGAUGUUAGUGAG